CGAGAGGAUCAAAUCCUCCAGAAAAUUAUCAUUGGCGACGACUUGAGCUCGCAACAACGGGCAAAGGUAGUAGAGCUGAUCAAAGCGAAGCAUGAAGCGUGGGCACUGUCGCUGAGUGAGCUACAGGAAGCGAACGUAGCUCCGACAACGAUCCACGUCAAUCCGGACGUUCCCUUGCCAUUGGAACCCACACAACGUAUGUCGACGACCGAAGCCGCAGCGGCGGGAAUCUACAUAGACUCCUUGCUACAGGCUAGGCUGGUGCGACCCAUCGAUCCCUGGGAAGUCAAGUGCGUUUCGAAUAUCAUCAUGGUGCCGAAA